GUCAUACCUAGUGUCAAAGUGGAUGCCAGCCACACGGCAACGGCAAAAAACUAGCGGCUCUUUUAUUAUUUUUUCACGCGCGUAAAUAUUUUUUGAUCACUUAAACAAUAAAUUAGACAACAGUUGAGGAUUGUCUCUAUCAGAUUAUAAUGCAGUGUGCAAAAAUUAUUGAAGAAGCACUGGACUUUUUGUCACAGGAAGCUCAAGAACUAUAUUUAGGCUCAAGAAUACCAGAAUUAUUCGAUUUACCCACAUCUCUUCAAUUUACGCGGGAUUAUGUGGCUAAAAAUACGCCCGUAGUAUUGAGAGGUUGCCUUCAUUGGCCUGCAAUUUCUAAAUGGAGUUCAAAAUAUUUUAGAAGCACAAUUGCUGAUAAGGAAGUAACUGUAGCUGUUACACCUAAUGGAUAUGCAGAUGGUAUUGCUACAGCAGAACACGACAAGAAGGAGUACUUUGUAAUGCCAGAAGAACAGCAAAUGAGAAUGGAAGACUUCUUAGAUAAAUUGGACAGCAAAAGUGACUUAAUAUAUUACAUUCAGAAGCAGAAUUCAAAUUUGUCUACAGAUUUUGGUGAGCUUCUCGAAGAUGUUGAUAUAGAUUCGUUGAAUUUUGCAAAAGAAAGCUUCAACAAGGAUCCUGAUGCUAUGAAUUUUUGGAUGGGUGACGAAAGAGCAGUUACAUCCAUGCACAAGGAUCCAUAUGAAAAUACGUAUUGUGUUAUAUCUGGCUACAAAGAUUUUGUGCUAAUUCCUCCUGUUUGCUACCACAAUGUGCCACGUAAAGUGUAUCCAUCAGCUGUGUACAAAACUGAUUCUUCCGGUAAAAUAGCUAUAGAACCACAAUGUGAUCAAGAGACAGGAAAACCAAUCACUAUUGAAUGGGUUAGUGUAGAUCCACUAAAACCAGAUAUGAAAGCAUACCCUGAGUAUUCAAAAGCUCUUAAAUAUGAGGUACGAGUAAACGCAGGGGAUAUUUUAUAUUUACCCAGUUUUUGGUACCAUCACGUCCGUCAGAGUCACAAAUGCAUCGCAGUUAAUUUCUGGUAUGAUAUGGACUUCGACGCUAGAUACUGUUACUACAGAAUGAUAGAAAAAUUAUGUGCAAAUAAAUUGUAAAUCAAAUUUUCAAAUAGACACGAUAAAUUUGUAAUAGUAUUUUAUAACUUUAAAUCAUCAUGACGAAUAAUUUAUUUUCAGUCCAAAGAAUAGUAUAUUAAUUUUUCUAAAAUAUGCAUACUAACCUUAGGAGUGGUAGUCCUUUAAAAUAGGCUUUAAAAUAAAAACACAUCGUAUAUUCU